CACACACACACACAUCUUCAUUUGUUUUCGAUGUUCGAAGUUCUGGCUGUAGCGACAGAGGGACGAAACAACUGGGGUAAUAUAACCAACAUUUUGUACGAUACGGUUUCCGCGUCUGUGUUAAUGUUUUAGCGUGAAAUUCUAAAUAUUAAAAGUUACGUUGCAUGACGUAAAAUCGAACGUGAUAACAGCUAUUACGUUUGUGAAAUCAUUUUUAUAUUUUUGUGCAACGCUUGGCAAUGCUGUGUGACGUCAUCGCUCAGCAUUGGCUAGGAGCGCCGCAGUCCAGAAGAUGGUUCCGUACGGUACCCUUAUACGGUUCAAAUGAGUUAGGGUUACGUGAUUGAAGUGAAAUGAAAAAAUAAGAAAUAGAUUAUUUUUUUGUAUUUGUGUUGAUUUAUUUUUGAUGUAUUUUAACGUAUUUUCGAAAUGUAAGUUAUGACGUCGGAAUGAUUUGUGCAUACGUAUUCCCAUACUUAUGCGCUCGGUGAAUACCCGAGACGUACGUUGUGUGCAGCAUGGAUUCGUUACGGGGAAUUACCCAAGUUUUGAGAAAAAUCACUAAAUAAGGUGGCCACAAAAAUGAUGUAAAGUACCUUCUGUUGUCUGUUGAGUUUCCUAGAAAAUAAUUCCAUGUGACUGGAUCGAGUGGAAGUGUAUUAUUAUUAUUAUGGUGAUGUUGGCUGCAUUGCAUUUUGAGGAGCCAUGCAGCAUGUAAAGUGUGCUGCCGAAGAAGAAGAAGAAGAAGUUGCGCUGCAUGGAAGACCUAUACUCCGACAAUACCGUAAUAAACGAACACGAAACGAGCAUUGUGAAAUAUACACUCCUGCUGCACACACAGACAAGAAAGAAGCUCAGUCCUCAAUAUUUCAUGUGUUGCCUGCUCAUUUUAAAGAUUCAUGUUCAGUACUACCACUUGAACCCAUACAAUUGAAAUCCUCACCGGACUCAGAACCAUCAACUUCUGAGCCACAAGUGAUUGUGCGCAAAUUUACACUCCCACCAUUCAGAAGUGCGUAUGCUUUGCCAGAGCUAUUAACUUCUGAGCCACAAGUGAUUGUGCGCAAAUUCACUCUCCCAUCGUUGAGUGGUGCGUAUGCUUUGCCCAAGAGAUCAAAGAAGGACGUUAAUUUUGGGAAGCCAAAACAGCGUUGGAAACAGUUAUGUAACUUGCAGCACGAGAUGACGACUACGUUGCCGGUGAGAAGCGUAGUGAAGAUGAUGGGCCCUUCCACGCCUCUAACUCAAGAAUAUUGUCCUGGUACACUGCAAAGUUGUGCUGCUGGUAAGCUGGAUGUUGUGAAUAGCUCUCUACAGAAAUGGCUGACUGUUAAGGAGGUUAAUUUGGAUUCUUCUAACCCUAGCAAAGAUGAGGGUUCUGUAUCUUCCGCAUCGUCUGUCAAAAUGAAAACUGUUACACCACCAAAAGGUGCGUUAGGUUCAAAAAUUGAAGUCGGCGUGGAAGAAAGAUUAGGAACGGCAGAAGAUGUACCAGAAGUAGCUGCUGUGACAGAAGUUUCAAGUACAGGAGGCACUGUUACAGUAGGGGCAAUCGAUGCAGUUCACAGUAACGUGGGGAUUGUCGGGGGGAAGUUUUUGAUAUUCCAGCCGUUGUCUCAGACGAAACCCGUCGUCCAGCAGGAAGGCAGCAAUUCAAAAGCGAAUACCAUAGUUUUGAAGAGUCCUCAGGAUGUAAUUAAAGAUGCCAAGAAUGCAAAAAAUGUAAUAAAACCAUUUGUGGGGCAGGCGGAAGUGAUGAGCGAUUCGUUGAAAACUGUGCUUGUGCAGGGAAGUGUGAAACCGAGCUUCGAACUUAGCAGAAAGCAGCGUGGUAUUGUGCAGGAGAAUUUGAAACCUAACUCCGAGCCGACCACGAGAGAGCAGAAUGUCGUGUGGGGAAGUCUGAAGCACAAGUCUUCAUCUAAUAUAAAGGAGCGUAAUGUUGUUCGAGGAAACUCGAAACAUCGCUCUGAAGUUCCUAAGAAUGGGGAGAAUGAUAACUUGAAGAUUGACGCUGAACCAGCACUUGAGGAGAACGCUACUCAUGAUCACGAUAUUUCACGUGGAAAUCUGAAGACUAUUUCCGAAUGUGCUAGUAAAGAACAGAACAUUGUCGCAGUUCAUCCAAUACCGCAGGAGACCAACAAUUUGGGUGUGGCACGAGAGUCCUUACAAGAUGCCCUUACUUUCUCACUGCAGACGACAGGAAUCGUUGCUCCGCAGCAGACGUCUGCACAGAAUAAGAACAGCGAAUGUGUCGAACCUCCUGAUAAACCGGCAGAAGAUGAAAAUGUGGAAUUGAAACAGCUGAAGCAACUCCAGCAUGAGAUUUUGAUGAUGAAGAGGAGACAGAACAUCGCUAUGCAGGUGGAUCGCAAAGUGCUACGUGCCAAGGACGUCAAAUUGGUUCAAGAAUUUCACCUUCCUGCGCGGAGGGUACUCUUGUCUGAGACGGGUACGCAGACCAACCUGUUCUGUCUCGUCGAGCCCGGACGUAUGGUCGAAAUGAUGAUCAGUGCUGACAAGACUGAGGAACCAGACAAAAUGGUCAGUUCAAAAGUAACGCCUGUGAUGCAGAAGCCAUCAGGGUUUUUGUUGAAUUCGGGCACACUUCCAAAAAUGACGUUAUCACACAGUGGUAAGAAAUUUGUGGCACGGACAAGUGAACUUGGUGAUAGAGGUACCGAAAAGAAUGUUUCGCUGAAUAAUGUGACCGUAUCAGAUGAACCAGUCAAAAAAAGAGUUAGGUUGGACGUUAUGUUGAAGUCCCAGACUGACUCGGAUGGUUCCAUCCCUUCCAGUACGAGUUCCAAACAGAUGUCUUCAGAUACAGUGUCAGUUGACUCCGGGAUCGAUGUGCCAAAUGUGGAAUUUAAGAAAUCUUCACGACAUAAAAAGAUAAAUGUAAUUGAUUUAAAUUCACGUUCAGUUGUUGAAAAUUAUAAAGCAGAAACAUUACGUGAUCCUUUGUCUCUUGGAAAUACAAAUAUUUCUGUAAGUGGAAUAAUUAAUCUUGAAGGUUCAAAUAAACGAGUGAAAUGCCCUCAAGUUGUCAACACUGAAAAAGAUGCAAAGUCUGUGUACGACAUUAUAGUUCAGCAUAAUAUAGCUUUACAGACAAGAAAGUCAAAACCAAAACAGAUUUUGAGGAGGGGAGUUGUUGAUAAUGGAAAAGGAAGUGCCCCCAUGGUGUUCUUUCCAUGCUCAGAUUUGUUCACUAUACCCAGAAAUACAAACACGCAACAGACUUCUGCAAAGAUAACCAAAGGACUUAUGCAUAGAGCUUAUGAAGACUGGGUGCGUUGUAGCAUUCCGGACGAGAAUGGAAAUAUCCCUCUGCAUAAAGCUGUGAUAAAUGAAAACAUAACCUUAGUAAAACGACAGUGUGUGGUUCUCUGUGCUCGUAAAUCCAAACUGGAUAUAUACAACUAUGAUAAAGAGACUCCGCUCCAGCUAGCGGUCCUGAAUGGUAAUGCCGAAAUCUCCCAGAUGUUGCUGUAUUUUGGUGCACAACCGUCUGUAAAAGAUAAUAAUGGCAACACUGCUCUUCAUUUAGCAGUGUUGCAUGGAAAUUUAGAAUGCGUGAAAGUAAUUCUGAAUACCAAUAAUACAAAGUCUUUACCCCUCAAUGACUUCAAUGAUGAAGGGUAUAGUCCAAUGCACUUAUCUGUAUUGAAUGGCAAAGUGGAGGAGACGAAGUGUCUUAUCAGCAGGGGAGCAGAAGUGAACUUAAAGGAUGCCAAGAGUGGGCGAACUCCUCUCUUCCAUGCUGUAGAAGCUAAUGACUGUGACCUGGUGCAGUUGUUACUGGCAUGUGAUGCAAAUCCAUAUGAAGCCAACUUCUCUGGCCACACACCUUUGUCUGCUGCAGGUGAAGUAUCUUUUUCCAGUAGGAACACGACAAAGGAGUACUCAUUUUCAGAAGGAAUCAGCUUCAGUUCAAAGUUAGUCCCUCUAAGCCGUGGAUCAGACGUGGCCCGCACAUUAGAUGAAGGAAACAACAUCGUGUUUGGAGCGGAGUUUGAGGAUGUACACAUGGAUGAAGUGCGUGACAGUGACUCGGCAUCUCAGCAUUGCGAUAGUUCCGCUGCCAAUAACAACAGCGACAAUCCGUGGUUCUUGAAUGAUUAACGGGAGUGAAGCUGAAGUAGCUGGUGUUUAUAGCGUUCAUGUUUUAUUUGAAUUCAAUGCACUGAAUUAGAUGGCACUUGUGUAUGUUGGCAAGUCUGUCAGUGAUGACGUUACAUAAUACGUUGUCUACGGACUGACCGCAUCUUGCGAAGGGAAGGAAUGAGAUAUGUAUUCAGUUGUAUUGGUUCUUGUGAGUCAUUUGAAUGGAUAUUAAUAAUUUAAGCAUACAGUGGAUGCCACACCAAAAUUUGAAUUUUUAGACAAUCUGUAGGGAAUGGUUAGGAUAUAUUACGAUGUAAGAGUCCUUUCUUUAAUGCAUAUUAUCCUGUGUCCAGUAUGUGUCAUAGAGGAGUAAAGUAGAAUGAAAGGGUGGUUGUAGGUAAAUACGUAAUGGUAAUGUUGAAACUGUAAAGCUAUCCUGUUUUUUGUUAUGCAGCAUAAAAUUAACUUUAGGUAUUCCGACACGACACAUGAUCGUACACAGAAUUUUGAAGUGAUAGAAUCCCAAUAGACAAACAUAUGCUCUUAGUAUCAAAGGUAUAUUUCACAGAAAAUAUUGGUAAAAUAUUUUUGUGCUUUGUUGUUAGAUUUCACAGCUGCAGUUCUGUAAUAUCUGAUAAAUUUUGCACUUCACUUUCCAUUAUAUAGAUUUUACUUUCCCAGUAAAGAGAGCAGCUACAGCUUAGGUGUAAGCUUUGUACUUCUGACUACAGUAACCACAGGUUUCAGACUCAUCUGUUAAUGGAGGGCAGGUUUCAUGAUCCGUAAUCAUAAUUUUAUGACCGACUGUAGGAGCAUGUAACAACACUUAAAAAAAUUGCCUUGAAUCUGUAUGUACAUCGUACUCCUUACAUUUCUCUCACACAUGCAUAAGAGGGUAAUUUAUUAAGAACUGCAUUAAACUUGAAGCUAUAAGCAGCUGAUGAAUAAAAGCCGCCACUUCAUUUGCCAUAAACAUGCACUAGAUCAUUUAUGUAUGGUGGACAUUUACGGAACACAAUUCCAUGACUCGAUCUACUUAAUAAACACCAUAUUAUGGCUUCAGUUAAGUGUUUGUAUACAUAUGAUGCAAGUUUUUAAGUCAGUUAACAUAAAAUUCAGCGUAAUUUUCUGUGAUACACAAGCAUACGUAUCUUAUCGAAUUAACUUAUUUAUGAAGAUUUCUGUCUUCUGGGUUGUUGCCUCCGUCAUCGCCCUGAUGACGGAGGCAGUAUGACCUCUGAAACGUUGGUUAACAUCGACCAGACUACACAGCGCAACAACCCAGAAGACAGAAAUCUUCAAACUCACCGCUGUAUAAACCUCAAAUCUUACUUAACUUAUUUAUGUUCAUUUAUUUCUGAUGGUGACAUUCACAGAUGUUAUAGAUGUAUGAUAUAAUACACUUCAACAUGUAUGGUUUGA